AGGCCAUCCCCGCGCACGCCGGCCCCGCUCGCCGUAUGGCGGCCGCCCGUGCGGCUGAACUGGGCUUCGUGGAGGCGGCGCCGGCGUGGCGGCUGCGCAGCGAGCAGUUCCCAAGCAAGGUGGGCGGGCGGCCGGCGUGGCUGGGGGCGGCCGGGCUGCCGGGGCCCGAGGAGCUGGCCUGCGCGCUGUGCGGCCGCCCGCUGGUCUUCCUGCUGCAGCUGUACGCGCCGCUGCCCGGCCGCGCCGACGCCUUCCACCGCGGCCUCUUCCUCUUCUGCUGCCGGGCGCCGCCGUGCUGCGCGGGCCUGCGCGUUUUCAGGAAUCAGCUACCCAGGAAGAACGACUUUUACUCCUACGAGCCGCCUUCCGAGGACCCUCCUGCAGAGACGGGAGAGUGCGUGCGCCUCCAGCUCCAGUCUGGUGCUCAUCUCUGCAGGGUUUGUGGCUGUUUAGGCCCCAAAACGUGCUCCAGAUGCCACAAGGCACAUUACUGCAGCAGGGAGCACCAGACUCUGGACUGGAGAUCCGGGCAUAAGCAGGCUUGUACACAGUCCGAUUAUUUGGACACAAUUCCAGACCACAACUUCCUUUUUCCAGAAUUUGAAAUUGUAAUAGAAACAGAAGAUGAGAUUACACCUGAAGUUGUUGAAAAAGAAAAUGAAUCAGAAAUCAUGGGGAGCAUGGGUGAAGCACUUGAGGAGGAACUGGAUUCCAUGGCAAAACAUGAAUCCAAGGAAGAUAAAAUUUUCCAGAAGUUUAAAACUAAAAUAGCCCUUGAACCAGAACAGAUGGUCUGCUGAUCCUGUCAGUAAUUGCUGAAAAACGACAGGUUAUGCUCUUUAUCCUGUGGGGUCCGUAUUUUAAAGAAGGCAUCGGACACAGAUGAGUGAGUCAGAUGUUGCUUGUAAUACAGGCAGUUUGCACCAGCGGCAGCGAGAACGGAACAGGUAUUUUUGCCCAUUUAUCCAGCAGGAACCUUUUGCUUGUAAGACCAACAUGAUACGUUAACACAGACACUGGUUUUCUGAGAAGAAAAAUGGGCUUUGGGGUUGGGAAUAAUCCUCGAUUCUAGAGUUACAUGAAGAGCUCUGAUGUAAUUGCAUCUACAGUGUGAAAAAAUUAGAGGUUAGUUGUGAGGAUGAAGGGGGAAUUGGAGGCACAUAGUAAGUGCUCAGCAAAUGUCUCCCUUCUUCAUCUCUGUUCUUGAAUUAAUUUCAUUCCCCUUAAAGACAAUCAUCCGAAACCUAAAUCACUGAAGAAAGUUCAGCUAAAUGCCUAAAAAGCAGUCACUGAAUUAAAUAAAUACCCAGGGGAAGAACAUCAUAAGAAAAAACCUAGGUCCUAAACACUGCGAAGGUAGUUUUUAGUAAUGCAUAUCCCUUUUUGUUAAGA